AGUGGCCAUUCAGUUGGAUACUGGCAACAGACACAAGGAGGCGUACUGUGAAUACUUGAGAAGUAUUAACUACAUCUCUCAUGCUCUGCUUGAGAAUGCAGAAAUCAAACUUGCAGUGAUCUUCCAGUUUCUCUAUUUGCCCUCGUUCACUUGCUUUAAUGACCCAUCAGGGCACCACAGUAAAUUUGAUUAACCAGAUGACGCAAUUAGUAAAUUACACAAACAUGAUCAUACGUGUAUCACGUCUUGAAGAUUACAUUAAAGGCAUCUUAAAGUUCUAUUAAGAUUAAGAAAUAAUAAGAUUAUCACAUUGGCACCUAAUUGUGUUUGCAGACUUUUAACGGGCAGAUUCAUUAGACAUGAUAGAUUGUGUCUAUAAUUCGUCCUGUAAAGCUCUUGUUUUGGUAAUGUAGUUUCCAAAGUCACAUGAUUUUAAUGUACUUCGUCUGCCAGAGGAGAGUGAGAUCGAGUCAGUGGAAGUGGAAAAGAUGGUCAAACUGGCAGAACAAUGUUUAGAGAGGGUCAAAUCAUGCUUAGAUCGAAGGCCUGAAUUCCCAGCGCCGGCCUCCUCCUCCACACCAACUCCUCAAGACAAACAGACCACCAUACCGGCCAUUAAUGUCACAAAUUAUCCCAAAAUAACAGAAACACCUAACGAGCCAGUGAAGGUUUCUGAGACUGAAAGCAAACCGCAGGCCAACCUUCAGCCCACCAGACACCGCAGGGUCCUUUCAGAGGGAGGGAAGACGGGCUCUCCCUUUCUCCCCCCUGAAGUCUUCCAGAAGCUUCAGAUGAUGGUGUCACAAGACAACAAAAAGGAAUUAUCGCCUAUUGAGGAGGCAUCACGCUUAAACCAGAAACUUAAGGCCAAUUAUGAAGCAAGACUGGCAAGACUUACUCCUGGUCAGGCCAUUCAAAAGACCUCAUUGUUUUCAAGAAUGAUCCAGAGACGCAGAGACACGCCAAUGGAUCUCCGUUUAUAUUGGAAAAAAGUGAAGACGUUUUGGAAGACUCUCUCACUCCAGAGACAGAUGAUGGAGAAUCUGAUCAUUGCCAAAGCCAGACAAGAUGCACUUCAAAGAAAAAUGGAGGAGAGGAGACUACGUCUGCAGGAGGAAGCAAACAGGCGGUUUGCAACCUGUAACACAAUGACACCUGAAGAGCAAGAGCAGCGAGUCCUGUACGCGAGAGUGCUUGAAUAUGAGCAAGAUCAUGAAUGGCCCAAAGCUUGGAAAGCUAGAUUAAAAAAGAGCCCGAAUGAUCCAGCACUGGUUUCAGGUCUUAUCUCUUGUCUUCUCAGCUGCCCUGAUCACCCAGUCAUGCAACUGCUGAGGAGACUUCAGUACAGAGUGUAUAACAGACUGUAUCCCAUAGUAAGCCAACGUGUUCCUCUAAGCCCAAUGCCUGCUCGUUCACCAACUUUAAAACCCUCCCGAAGUGCCCAGAGCCUCCUUCUAUCCGACAGUCCAAUGUCCCCACAGCAGCAACAGAGCCCACUUAAAUCUACCCUGACACACAGCUUAUCAGAUGCCUCUAUCUCCUUUUCCCCGUCCUGCGACCACAAUGCCAAUGACAUGAAGUCGGAGACAGAUCCGGAUGAGCCCUCGUCUCUGGUUGCCACGGAUAGGGAGAACUCUUUCGAGGAUCUGGAGAAGUUUCUCACUCAGCUGGAUUGGGUUCCUUCUCACAGUAGUGAUGACACAGACUCUGAUGUGACCUUUGACUCAACACACGUGGAAGUAGAGUCUCACAUUCAAGAUCUUGAGGAGCGUGCUUUGAAGGAACAUCUGAAAUCGAUAGUAAAGGAUAUCCACAAUGCCAUUGAUCGCCUGCUGUCUCUCUGUCUUCUGUCAUUUGAAUGUCUCAACACUGCAACUUCUAAGGAUCAGUGUGUGGCGUGUAUAGAGGAAGUCUUCUUUACGCCCAUUUGGCGCCCCCUGUUGGCACUUUUUAGAUGGGUUCAUCGAGAACGGGAGAUGGCUGUUGAGAGCAACAUGCGUCUUUACUCAAACGUUUCACCUGCCGAUGUUGGUGUAGCAUCCAAAUUGUUCCCCCGGGACCCAGCCGUGCUGCAUGGUUCCUACCCAUAUGAGACAGCGGUACAGGAGCUGAAACUUCUAUGUAGAGACUAUUGUCCUCAGAAGAAGCUGGAGUGUAUAGUUCGCACCCUACGAAUGAUCUGUGCCUGUGCGGAAGAGUACCGUCUGCUUCAAGAAAAUGACCCAACACCCAAAUCAGCAGCGAUAGGUGCUGAUGACCUGCUACCCAUCCUGGCAUUUGUGGCCUUACGGAGCGAAAUGCCUCAGCUGGUGUCUGAAUGUGCUGCAUUGGAGGAGUUCAUCCAUGAGGGGUAUCUGAUCGGAGAGGAGGGUUACUGUCUGACGUCACUGCAGAGUGCACUGACCUAUGUGGAGUCAUUGGUGUUGGGUGGAGCCCCGCCCCCUGCUGCCAAACCCACCUGAUGUAGAUGCCCUAGCCAGCGGAAAGGUCUCAUCGUGUUUUGAUGGUGCCGAGGAGAUGCUGUGACUACAGAGAGCUCCUCCACUCAGCCGGUUUAGUCCAAAGUCAUGCCACAUUUCUAUUCUCUUCAAAUCUUUCUUGCACGCUAUCCUCACGCUCUGAGGAAAGAGAAGGAGGACGAGCGUUGCGUUGUGGGCACGGCAAGUUCAUCGGAAUGUGGUUAGAACUGAGAUCUGUUUUAGCAAAGGUAACAAACAAUAUUUCUGCGAGACUGAAUGGAAUGAGCCAGAUGUUAUGAAGGGACUGAGAAGGCAAUGUUAUUCUAAAUAUAAUGUAUUCCAGUAACAUGCUUUUUGCAUAUCUGUCCAGUUGAGUUUUAUAUUUGUGAAAAUAUUUCAGAGAAUUUUACGAUAACUAAAGCACUACUAGCAUUUCACAAACUAUUUAUAAAGUCACUAAAUUGCAGUUCAUGUUGUUUUAGCUCGGAAUUUUAGCUUUUGUUUGAGCUUAACAUGGUAGGAAAAAAAAGCUGGGCUUACUAGAAUUAAAUGUAUUGAACUCGUUCUAAUUUUAGCGUUUUGUAUACUUAAGUUGUGCGUUACUCAAGUCACUAUACCACUAUGCAUACACGCAUCAUGUUAGUGUAUGGUUUUGUUAAGGGGCGAUAGAUUUUAUGUUUUGUUUGUUUUUUAAUAUCUUAACUUGUAUGAAAACAUUUUCACCCCGCUAGUCAAAAAAAUCUGAAAUCAAUGUGAAAAAAAUGUGCAAGAAUUACUAAUGCUGCUGUAAUAUGUUUUUGUCUCAUGAUGUGAGGAGGUUUGAUAUAAAAUUCACAAUCCCUGAUUUGAGGGGAUUUAGUGUAAGGUCUGUGAUGCAUAAAUAUAUUUAUUUUUUCGUCUUAUAUUACAGGGACUGUUGUUGUAUGUUUUGCUGAUUUAAUGUGAAUAUCACGAAUGUAAGUCGUCUCUGUGCUUGAGUGACCAUGUGUUCUCCCUAAACCUUCCCAGGGUUCUUUGUCUCUGAUCAGAUCAGUCCUCUGGAGAUGGGGAAUUCACAUGGGCAUGGUUUGAGUGAAAGGCAUGUGAAUUUUCAAACAAUAAAGACUCUUU